AUGGAUUUAGGAGAAGCAGGCGAUUCGCCUUGGGGUGAUGUCCCAUCCCAGUCGACUUCAAAAUCUCCUACCUUCGAACAAGAAGAAAGUUCCGCGAAGACUCAAGAUGCCGAGACCUCGCAGCAAUCGCAAUCUUCUGUCAAGGCAUCCGCCAGCCGCCCUUCCAGGGGCCCCGUACGCCGCCUAGUGGCCCAACCCACGAAACUUGAAGCCGUCGACGAUCCUCUAGGUCCUUUGGGCCCCCUCGGUGCCACCACCGGCCCAAGCGCGGAUGCGCAGGUCGACGAACCACCAGCUCCCCCUCAAAAGGAACAGAUGGUAAUCCGGACAACCAUGCCACCCCUUGCGCAAAAGAGGUCGGGACCUGCGGAUCCUCACCACAUUGACGACGAAGAGUUCGACCGCCCUCUCGGUCCAAGAGCCCCUCCUCCUGUACAGGCUGCGCAACCAACCCCGGUUAGGCCCACGAGCCAGCCCAGCGUUAGCAUAGAGCAGGCAGCUAAGCCCAGCUUCCAUAUCACUGUCGGGGAUCCGCACAAGGUCGGGGAUCUGACGAGCUCACACAUUGUCUAUUCCGUCCGCACGCAGACAACAUCGAAAGGCUACAAGCAACCCGAGUUCGAGGUUAAGCGACGAUACCGCGAUUUCCUAUGGCUUUAUAACACAAUGCAUGGGAAUAACCCCGGUGUUGUCGUACCGCCCCCUCCUGAGAAGCAAGCUCUUAACAGAUUCGAGAGUAAUUUCGUCGAGUCUCGUCGGGCCGCUCUGGAGAAGAUGCUGAACAAAAUUGCCGCACAUCCCACACUUCUACAUGACCCCGACCUAAAGUUGUUCUUGGAGAGCGAGUCUUUCAACGUCGACGUCAAGCACAAGGAGAGGAGAGAGCCUAUACCGGGAGAGAGCAAAGGCGUUUUUGGAUCUCUCGGUAUCAAUAUGGGAGGUGGAAGCAAAUUCGUUGAACAAGACGACUGGUUUCAUGAUCGACGGGUUUAUCUGGAUGCCUUAGAGAACCAGCUUAAGGCGUUGAUGAAGUCUAUGGAUGUCAUGGUUAACCAACGCAAAGCUAUGGCGGAAGCGGCUGGCGAUUUCUCUGCUUCUUUACAUGCACUUUCGACUGUAGAACUAAGCCCUACACUUUCUGGACCGCUAGAUGCUCUUUCGGAUCUGCAGCUUACCAUCCGAGACGUCUAUGACCGUCAAGCUCAACAAGAUGUGUUAACUUUCGGCAUUACCAUUGACGAGUAUAUUCGAUUGAUCGGCAGUGUUAAGCAGGCGUUUUCACAGCGGCAAAAGGCUUUCUAUUCGUGGCACAGCGCCGAAUCGGAGUUGCAAAAACGCAAAUCUGCGCAGGACAAGCUACUUCGACAAGGAAGAUCGCAGCAAGACCGUCUGAACCAGGUUGGCGCAGAGGUAGCAGAUGCCGAACGCAAGGUCCAUCAGGCCAGACUUCUUUUCGAGGACAUGGGGCGGUUAAUGAGAGCCGAGCUCGACCGUUUUGAGAGAGAGAAGGUGGAGGAUUUCAAGUCUUCAGUCGAGACUUUCUUAGAGAGCGCCAUAGAAGCGCAGAAGGAGUUAAUUGAAAAGUGGGAGACAUUCCUGAUGCAACUGGAUGCAGAGGACGACGAGGCGGUAUUCUAUCGUCCGCCUGUUUAUCAGACUAAUGAUAAGUCUACCGGACGCGGUGACACGGCAGUAGAUCGAGCAAGGGCAACUAUCGAUCAAGACUCAGACUAA